AUGUAUUACUUAUUAAAUGCACAUUUCUGAGAAUGAGGGAAGGGAGGGACUGACUUUCACACUCACAACGAGGAGGCAGUUCUAUUGAAACCGAAGGCGACACGUUACCAUUGGUUUUUGCAGAAAGAAACAAUAACACGCAUGUCCUUUUCCGUAGAAUUAGGUAGCCACAGUACGUUUUUAUUACUUUAAGCCAAUUGAUUUGGUAUUUAGUCGAGAUAUUUCGAGACAGUUGAAGAGAAAACGCAGACAAUCAUGUGAAUGGAAAUUUUUUCGUUGAGUGAAACAGCAGCAGAGACAAACGAUUUGAGAAAUCAUCAAAUCUGAAGAUGUCAGCAGGAAAGGAUAUUUACAAACGGGUCAAAGCAGAGGUCCGGGCCAAACUGAAAAUGUUGAAGUCGAAGAAGUUCAGACGAUUUCGACACCAUCUGUGUUGGAAGAUGGAUGAUAAGAGUGUUGAGAUGAUGGGAGUGAAAGACAUUGUGUCAGUACUGAUGAAGAAAUAUGGAGAAAAGGCCCGUCACAUUGUGUCCUCACUUCUAAAAGACAGUAAAUCUCGGAGUAAACGGAGACGAAGUCAACAAGGCAUUGAGAGCGAGGAGAUUCCGACAAUAACUCCCAUCAAGGUGGAGAUGGAUGACCAACAGGCCAACCACGCUGGAGGACCACUCGACGCGAUGCCAAGUGGCGCUCUGUGUUCAAACACUGCAACUAAUGGAAGCAACGUUAAUGCACCAAUGCUAACAAGUUGUUCAGUUGGAAAGGACUUACAUUUAAAUUGUACCACAAAUAUUUAUGGCCAUGUGCCUGGAGGGGAGAUGAUUGACCAGCAGGUGCCAGUGUAUGACCAGAGCAAGGAGAAACAGAACAUCCUUCACAUCAGAGACGAGAUCAAAAAACGCCAGAAGAUUAAGUCUGAAACCAUACUAGAGGGUAUUGAAACCCAAAGCACAUCAGUUCUUAACAAAGUCUACACAGAGUUGUACAUUGUCACCUGUGAUUCUACCAGCAUCAAUAAGGAACACGAGGUGUGGCAGGCCGAGACGGCACACCUCAAAGACUACUCUGAGGCGUCUGUCAUAAAAUUCCAAGAUCUCUUCAAGCCUGCCGAAGACGAAACUAUCAGAUGUGUGAUGACAAAGGGAAUCGCUGGCAUUGGGAAAACUGUGGCAGCUCAGAAGCUCAACUUGGACUGGGCAAAUGGAAAAGAAAAUCAAGAUCUAGAUUUUCUAUUCCUCCUAUCUUUCCGGAAGCUGAAUUUGAGAAAAGGCCCGUACAGUCUGCAUGAACUUCUUCAGCUCUUCUACCCUCAACUUAAAGACAUAAACGUUAGGAAAAUGUAUGAUGAACAUAAGGUUUUGUUCAUCCUUGACGGCCUGGAUGAGAGCCAACUGCCACUAGAGUUUGGUGAAAUUGAAAACAGGCUGAUAUCUGAUGUGUCUGAGUCUGCUUCACUGGACGUUUUGCUUACAAACCUCAUCACUGGCCGUCUUCUCCCUGGGGCUCUCCUCUGGAUAACCUCCCGUCCAGUAGCGGCCAAUCAGAUCCCCAGAGAGUAUUGUCAUCGAGUUACAGAGAUCAGAGGGUUCAAUGAUGCUCAAAAGGACGAGUACUUCAGAAAACACAUCAGAGAUCCAGAGAUGGCCAGCCGCAUCAUCUCAGACAUAAAAGCAACCCGGAGCCUCUACAUCAUGUGCCAUGUACCGGUGUUCUGCUGGAUGGCAGUAACUGUGCUUCAGGAUAUACUGAGUAAAGACAGCAAGAGUGGGUCAAAGCCUCGAUCUUUGCCCACAACCCUCUCUGAAAUGUACAUGCAUUACAUUAAGAUCCAAACAAGUAUCAGUUUCGAGAAGCAUGGACCAACACCGGGGAAACAACUUUCUUUGAUGUCAAACAAAGACGACAUUGUGAAAUUGGGAAAGCUAGCGUAUCAGAACCUGGACAAUCAAAACGUGCUCUUUACAGAACAGGACUUGACAAACUGUGGCAUUAGUGUCAUGGAAGCUGCUACAUGCCCUGGCCUGUGUACAGAACUUGUUGAAUUAGAGAAUGGACUGUAUCCAAAGAAAGUGUAUUGUUUUGUUCACUUAAGUGUUCAGGAGUUCUUUGCUGCGCUGUACGCAUUUCAUGAAUUUGAAAAUGGUAGGAUUGACUCAGUGAAAGCCUUCAUCAAAAAGAGGAAAGGGGGCACUUUGUUAGAUUUUCUCAAAGGUGCUCUGGACAGGGCAUUAGAUAGUAAAAAUGGACACCUGGACCUUUUCACACGGUUCCUUUUUGGGAUCUCUCACGACUCCAGCCGGGCAAUCGUUCACGACAUUCUGGGAAAAACAACCAGUGGUUCAGAAUGCAACAAAAAGUUAAUCGGAUAUAUCAAGAUGUUGAAAAGGAAGGACCUCUCUCCAGAGAGAUGCAUCAACUUGAUCCACUGUCUGCUUCAGCUGAAGGACCACACCGUUCUACAGAAUGACAACAACAACCAAGUCUCGCCUUCUGACACACAGCCAACUCCAUUUCAGUGUUCUCUCCUGGCAUAUAUGUUCAUUAUGUCAGAGAAGCCUGAAGAGUUUGACUUCAGGAAUAACAAAACUACUGAGGAAGCUUUUCGGAGACUGACUCCUGCUUUGCUGUCUUGCACCAGAGCAUUGCUCAACUUUUGUGACAUCACAACACUGCAGUGUGCAACUGUAGCCUCAGUUCUCCAGUCUGAGAAUUCCCGUCUUACAGUCUUGGACCUGGGCCACAACAACCUGGGAGAUGAAGGGGUGAUCCGACUCUGCUGUGGGCUGCGGAACCCCAACUGCAAGGUGGAAACCCUGAAUCUACGCCACAAUCAUGUGGGACAUCGAGGUGUCAAUGAGCUCUGCAAGGUUCUGACUGUUUCCACCUCGAAACUUCUGACCUUGGACCUCAGCUGUAAUGACCUUACGGACCUGGGGGUGGCGUUUCUCGCGUGUGCUUGUUGUAAGCUGCAGACACUGAGGCUAUCUGGAUGUCUGAUCACAAAGAAAGGGUCUUCAUUUCUCGCCUUAGUUUUAAGGUCAAACCCCUUUCAGAUGAAAGAGCUGGAUCUGAGCUACAAUCCCUUAGGAGACCUUGUGGAUUUCCCGUCUGAGCUGGAGAAGCUGGAGGUGGACUACCGAGAAGAGAAUAGAAGGAAACAAGGUCUGAGGAAAUAUGCCAGUGAGCUCACACUAGACCCCAGCACAGCAAAUGGUUUCCUGUCCCUGUCUGAGGGAAACAGGAAGGUGACGCGCCAGAAGAAGGAGCAGAAGAACUAUCCCAGCACCCAUGAGCGGUUCGAUAAAUGCAACCAGGUGCUGUGCAAGGAGGGCCUCUGCGGGCGUCAUUACCUGGAGGUUGAGUGUCUACACGACGUACAUAUAGGCAUGGCCUACAAGAGAUUAGAGAGGAAAGGAGCUGGUGACAAUGUAACGCUGGGACAGAAUGCUGUUUCUUGGACUUUGUACGCCUCAAAGGAUAAGUUCCAUGCCCAGCAUAAAAAAAUUAUUCACAAUUUACGGCUCCCUGAAAUCAAAUCAAAUGAGUCCUAUAGAAUAGGGGUGCUUCUGGACUGGCCGGCCGGCAUCCUGUCCUUCUACAACAUCUCCUCGGAGUCUGACAAACUGACCCACCUGUACGCAUUCCACACCACAUUCACUGAGCCCCUUUAUCUUGGGCUUAGACUUCAAUCCCCAACAUCAACCAUUUCUCUCAUAGUCAAGUAGCCUACAGUACAUCUAAGCAGUCUUUCAGAAAGUAUAUGUGCCACUGGGUGGGGAGGGAGAGGCGUUUAUAGAAAAGUUUGUUGUCAUAUUUAGGUGCUAAGCUAAUGUAGUAUACUUGAGAACAGAAUGGCUCAUGGGUUUGCAAUACUGUUAUGUUGUAUCUCCACUUUAUUCCUCUUGUUAUAUUUUAUGAACAAAGAAUGUAAAAUAAUGUCCUAUAUACUGUAUAGCCACCCUGACCAUAACUUCAUUUGAAAAGAAUGUCAAAAGCUGGCUAAUGAUCAAACAGUAGAACAAAACUGUCUGUGCCUUCAGAAAGUGUUCACACCCCUUGACGUUUUCCACUUUUUGUUGUGUUAAAUAGGAUUAAACUGGAUUUAAUUGUAAUUUUUGGUCAAUGAUAAUAAAAUAAAACUAAUACCAAGGUGGUAGAAAUUCGGACCAUUUAUUACAAAUGCAAAAUAAAACACGAAUAUAUCUUGACUAUAUAAGUAUUCACACCCCUGAGUCAAUACAUGUUAGAAACGCCUUUCUGGGUAAGUCGAAGAGAUUUACACAGCUGAAUUGUACAAUAUUUGCCCAUUAUUCUUUAAAUUCUUCAAGCUCUACCAAGUUGGAUGUUGAUCUUUUCUAGACCGCCAUUUUCAAAGUCUUGCCAUAUAUCUUUAAAAAUGAUUUAAGUCAAAACUGUUACUAGUACACUCAGGAACAUUUAAUGUUUUCAGUUAUUGUCCUGCUGAAAGGUGAAUUCAUCUCCCAGUGUCUGUUUGGAAAGCAGACUGAACCAGUUUUUUUUGCCUGUGUUUAGCUGUAUUGCAUUGGUUUUCAUCCUAAUAAAAAAUCCCUAGUCAUCCUAAAAAAAUCCCUAGUCCUUGCCGAUGACAAGCAUACCAAUAUGAUGCAGCCACGACCAUGCUUGAAAAUAUGGAGAGAGGUACUCAGUGAUGUGCGGUGUUGGAUUUUCCCCAAACAUGGUGCUUUGUAUUCAGGACAAGCAGUUCAGUUCUUUGCCACAUUUUUUGCAGUAUUACGUAAGUGCCUUGUUGCAAAAAGGAUGCAUGUUUUGGAAUAUUUUAUUUCUGUACAGGAUUCCUUUCCACUCUGUCAUUUAGGUUAGUGUUGUGGAGUAACUACCUUGUUGUUUAUCCAUCCUCAGUUCUCUCAUAUCAAACCAUUAAACUCUUAACUGUUUUAAAAUUUC